AUGAAAUCAACUAUAUCAAUAUUAUUAUUACUAUUCAUUGUAUCAAUAGUAGUAGCAGUAGAUAAUGGAUGUGAAUCAUAUAUGAAUUAUCCGGCCGUCACUAUUGACAAGUCUGUCUACACUACAUCUACUACCAACAGUGUCUAUGUGUUGUAUGUGAACGGUGGUUAUUUGGCAAUCAGCCAGCAGGCUGCAGGCUCACAAGCAACACCAUCCAACACAAUCAUCCAAGCUAGCUUUAGCGACGACAUUGCAACUACUGGUUGGGGCAGACUCAACGUCACAUCGUUUGGUGUAGUCAAUGAUGAUUGUCUACAAACAUAUUUGGGUGGUUACGUUGAAGGUAUCAUGACGGCAGAACGUAUCAAUCAAAUGUACACAAAUUUCGCAGCCGGAGAAUUCAAAAAUAGUACUCCCUCUGCAACACUCUUAUCAUUCAUGUCUGCACAAUUGGCAUGGGUACGUAAAGGUGUUGCAAUGUUGGAAAGUGACUCUCAACCCGAUUUAACUCAUCCUUUCAACUUGGAUGAUGACGACCAAUCAUUUGGUGAAUACAGUUAUUCGAUCAACUCUACGAUCUAUUGGCACUCGGUUAAACUGAUCAUGGCACAGUUUGAUGGUAUUGUAGGUGGAUACCAAGCAAGUACUUUUGGCCAAUCAAAUGUAAUGAGCCAAAUGCAGUUGUAUCUGUUGACAUCGGCAGGCGACUUGCAAACUUUAAACACAUUGUAUGGGGAACCAGCUGUCGAGAGUAAGAGUGGACGUAUGCAGAAACACUUAUUUAACGGGUUCCAAGACAUGGAUGGGUACGAUGACGACAUUGAUUUCCUCGAUUGUUCAGCGUUGGUUCGUUUACUACCGGGUAAUCAAGACGCCUAUUUUGCACACACUACAUGGCGUUACUAUUAUGGAAUGAUGCGUAUCUACAAGUUUUACAACUUUGCAUUACAACAAUUCAAGCUCAGUUACCACGUGUCAUUCUCGUCGUCGCCAGGUUUCCUCUCGAGCAAGGAUGACUUUUACAUGACUGGUGCUAAUCUCGCCGUCAUGGAGACCACCAACAAUAUCUACAAUGAAACACUCUACAUGUUUGUAUUGCCAGAGACACUGUUGGUCUGGCAACGUGCUGUCAUCUCCAACAUACUCGCUCAAUCAGCUCCCUCUUGGGCACUCACCUUCCAACAAUACAAUUCUGGUACCUAUAAUAAUCAAUGGAUGAUUUUCGAUUAUAAAUUAUUCUCUCCAUCUCAAUCAUUACCUGAUAAUACUUUUUGGGUUCUUGAACAAAUUCCUGGUUAUUGUGAAAUGCAAGACAUGUCACAAAUAUUAGACAAGAAUCAAGUAUGGCCAUCAUAUAAUAUACCAUAUUUUGAAGAGAUUUAUAAUAUUUCAGGGUAUCCAGCCAUGCAACAAAAGUAUGGUGAUAGUUAUAGUUAUCAAUCUUGUCCGAGAGCUUUGAUAUUUGGUAGAAAUGCAACCGAUAUUCAAACAUUUGAAGGUAUGCAAGAGAUGAUGCAAUACAACUACUACAAAUAUGACCCACUUUCUCUUGGAAGUCCAUCCAAUUCUAUUUCAUCAAGAGCCGAUCUACUACCAAACCCCGUUGCAUUCGGAGGCGUCGACUCCAAGAUCACAUCUUCUCAAUUAAUCCAAACACUUUCAUGUUCGGCCAUUUCAGGACCUACUCAUCAAGGUCUACCUUAUUUCCAAUAUUCUUCCAAUCCUAUAUUUAAUUCUACUUCUCAUAUUGGUUUACCUGAUAUUUGGAAUUUUGAUUGGGUUUCUUUUUAA